AUGCCACAACAGGAUGAGAAUGAAGAGGAUGUGGAUCACUUAUACACACCCCAUGGUAGUGAGGAUGAAGGAGAUGUAGAAAGGAAUCCAGUUUUCAAAAGUGGUGGGGGAUGUGCAUUCCAGCUAGGAAUGAUGUUUACAGACAAGGAUACAAUUAGAGAUGCAGUGAAAGAGUAUGGAAUGGAAAAUCAAAAGAAUGUGUAUAUCAAGAAAAAUGAUUCUAAAAGGAUUGUAGUUAAGUGUAUGGAAGGCUGCAAGUUUCACUUAAGGUUCAGCAUGAGGAAUGGGCAGAAUUAUUGGCAGGCUUUUAGCUAUGUGAGUGACCAUACUUGUUUUAGAACUGCUGACAACAGGAAUGCCAAGACUCGGUGGCUUGCAAUUAGGUUUACACAAUUGCUAAGGCACAGUCCAUACAUGAAGCCAGCUGGUCUAGUAGCUGAAACUCUUCAGAGAUGGGGUUCAAAGAUAACUACAGAUCAAGCAUAUAGGGCUAAAAUAAAGGCUUUGGAAAUGAUCCAAGGUGCUGGUAUAGAUCAAUUCAGACACUUGAGAAGCUAUGGAGAGGAGUUGUUGAGGUCCAAUCCCAAGAGUACUGUGGUUAUUAAAUGUGCAGAGAAUAAUGGCAAUCCAGCAUUUGAGAGAAUCUACAUUUGUUUGGAUGCCUGCAAGUCAGGAUUUGCCACCUACUGUAGACCUAUCAUUGGAUUGGAUGCAUGUUUUCUGAAGGGUGAUUAUGGGGGCCAACUGAUGUCAGUUGUAGGCAGAGAUGCAAACAACCAAAUAUAUCCAAUAGCUUAUGCUGGUUUGGUUCCUGCUAUCCAAGAAUUAGGUGACAAUGUGGAGCAAAGAAUGUGUGUCAAACACCUUUAUGGUAAUUGGAAGAAGAAGCAUUCUGGUUUGGUGCUUAAACAGGCCAUGUGGGCAGCAGCUAGAGCUACUUGUGUUCCUAUGUUUGAUAGAGCAAUGGAGAAGUUGAAGCUUCUAAAGCCAGAUGCAUGGAAGGACAUGGCUGACAUUCCUGCUAAAUAUUGGUCAAGAUCUCAUUUCAAGACAUUUUCAAAGUGUGAUAUUCAGGACUAUGAGGGCGUUAUAUGUCCUAGAAUCCAAUUGCUCAUAGAGAAGAACAAACAGGAGGCACAAAACUGGACCCCUUCUUGGCAUGGUGAUGAUGACUUAUCCAUCUUUGGAGUUACCAAUGGAGUUGAGACUUACUGUGUCAAUCUGAAAAAUGAAUCAUGUAGCUGCAGAAAAUGGGAGUUGUCUGGAAUCCCAUGCAGUCAUGUUAUCUCUUGCAUUUGGAGCAUUAGGAAAAAACCUGAAGGAUAUGUGUCUCCAUAUUAUAGCAAGCUUACAUUUGGAAAGUGCUAUGCUAACAUUGUGUUUCCAAAUAAUGGACCACAACUUUGGAACAAUGUUGACCAUGUGCCAAUGUCUCCUCCUGUCAUGAGAAGGGCAAUUGGCCGCCCUAAGAAGAUGAGGAACAAAACAUCUGAUGAGCCAAAGAAUCCCUUUGUUCUUCCUAAGAAGUUUGGAACUGUCACUUGCAACAAAUGUGGACAAGCUGGACACAACAAGAGGAGCUGUAAGGGAAAGAGGGCAGCUGAUAGGCAAAUACCUAAAGGGGGCAACAAGGCAAAGAAAGCUAAGACAACCAAUAAGGCAAAGAAGAGUAAGGGAAAAGAAAAACCAGUUGAGAUUGGUCAAGGAUCUCAGGCACCUCAACCAACUCAGGAUAAGGAGGCAAUGAUGCCUUUCUUUUUGAAUGUAACAAUGUUGCAUUAG